UGGCCCAAGUCGGGCACCGGGAUCCUCCUGGAAGGCAUAGGAGAAAAGAGAGGCCGAUCGACACCAUGAGUGGGCGAGUUGGGGAUCUGAGCCCCAAACAGGCAGAGGCUCUGGCCAAGUUCCGGGACAACAUCCAGGACAUACUGCCCAACGUGCCCAACCCUGACGACUAUUUUUGCCUUCGCUGGCUCCGAGCUCGGAACUUUGACUUGCAGAAGUCAGAAGCCAUGGUGCGCAAGUAUAUGGAAUUCCGGAAGAACAUGGACAUCGAUCACAUCCUUGACUGGAAACCCCCUGAGGUGAUCCAGCAGUACAUGCCGGGAGGCCUCUGUGGCUACGACCGAGACGGCUGCCCCAUUUGGUAUGACAUCGUUGGCCCCCUUGACCCCAAGGGGAUCCUCUUCUCUGUGACCAAGCAGGACUUCCUCAAGGCCAAGAUGCGGGACUGCGAGCGCAUCAUGCGUGAAUGUGACCUGCAGACAGAAAAGCUUGGGAAGAAGAUUGAGACCAUCGUGAUGAUCUUUGACUGUGAGGGGCUGGGGCUCAAGCACUUCUGGAAGCCUUUGGUGGAGACCUACCAGGAGUUUUUCAGUCUUCUGGAAGAAAACUACCCCGAGAGGCUUAAGUUCAUGCUCAUUAUAAAAGCUACCAAACUGUUCCCUGUGGGCUACAAUCUCAUGAAACCCUUUCUGAGUGAAGAUACUCGCAGAAAGAUUGUUGUACUGGGAACCAACUGGAAAGAAGGUUUGCUGAAACUCAUCAGCCCUGAGGAGCUGCCCGUACAAUUUGGGGGAUCACGGACAGACCCUGAUGGGAACCCCAAGUGUGUGACCAAGAUCAACUAUGGAGGCGAAGUUCCCAAAUCCAUGUACGUGCGGGACCAAGUAAAGACCCAAUAUGAACACUCAGUCCAAAUCAGCAGGGGCUCUUCCCAUCAGGUGGAGUACGAGAUCCUCUUCCCUGGUUGUGUCCUCAGGUGGCAGUUCAUGUCUGAUGGGGCAGAUGUGGGCUUUGGAGUAUUCCUAAAGACAAAGAUGGGGGAACGACAGAGAGCUGGGGAGAUGACAGAGGUGGUUACCAGCCAGAGAUACAAUGCACACAUGGUCCCUGAGGAUGGCAGCCUCACCUGCACUGAGCCUGGUGUCUAUGUCCUGAGGUUUGACAAUACCUACAGCUUUGUCCACACCAAGAAGGUCAGCUUCACUGUGGAGGUGCUGCUCCCAGAUGAGGGAAUGCAGAAAUAUGACAAGGAGUACACACCCGUCUAGCCAUCACACCAUAAAAGAUUGGGGGGCAAAAGAGGGUCAGUCAAAGCAGGGGAAGUGAGUGGUGAGGAAUAAAUGACUCACAGUGUCCCCAUAUUCACUACACCCUAUUAUUCACCUCUAUAAAUUAACUAUAUUCUGUUGUGGGGGGAGGUACCUGUCAAUUAAUUCUACUCUCAAUUACCUCUUUUGGUUGUAGUCACUAACCAUGUAGGUCCAUUGGAUAGCCCUGUGAGUUUUCUAUACUCUGUUAUGGAGGGGGGGUCCAUUAGUAAACUAUGCUGUCAGUUUCCCCUGUAGACUCUCCUGGUUAUCUCCAAAAGCUAAUGACACAUUGGGUGGUUCACUAUAUACUCUUGUCAAUUAUCUCUAUAGACUUUCUCCCCUGGGUCUAUAGGGUAACUUAUACACUUUGAUUUAGUUCUGGACAUAGAAUCAGUUUCUUUUCUGGAGUCUAUCAAUUAGUUUUAUUGACUAAUCAUGAGUUUUUGGGCAGUUCUAGUGUUAAUUAUAUUCAGUUUAGGGGGUGAGGUGGAUUCUGGUAAGUGAACUGACAAGGUCAGUUCCCCUCAGUCAAUUCCCCUUGGUUAAUUUCCCUUGAUUAAUUCCCUUGUCAAUUCCCCUUUGCCAGUUUCCCUUAGUCAAUUCCCUUCUGUCAAUUACCCUUUGACAAUUUCCUUUAGUCAAUUCCCCUCUGCCAGUUCCCUUCUAUCAGUUUCCCUCCACUCAUUUCCUUUGGUCAGUUCUCCUCUGCCAAUUUUCCUUGGUCAAAUCCCCUCUGGAAUUUCCCCUUGAUCAAGUCCCCUCAAUCAGUUUUCUCAGUUCUCUUUAGGGGGUUAACAAUACUGUUAGUUACCUUUGUUAGGUUAGCCUAACUUGGCAGCUUGGUUGGUUAACUACAUCCUGUGGGAUGCUUCCCUAGAUGAAUUGUGUACUGUCUAGUAUAUCAAUCAUCAUUAAGCCCAAACUGUUGGUUAUCUCUAUGGGCUAUCUAUAUUGUAUCUAGUAUCUCUAUAAGUUAUUAACACUAUCUGCUAUCUCUAUAUCUAAAUUGCUUAGAUUUAAAUGGCUUCCCCUAUCCUUAGGAUACUGUCUCCUCUUCCCUGAGCUUUCUGUAGGAGAGGGGAUGGGGUGGAGGAGAGAGUUAGUUUGUGAUGAAGGCGAAUGGUCAUAAGAGCCCAACGGAAAAUAUGCUGGAAGGGCCUAGGAUGAGACAGACCUUCCCCAAGAUGCCUAAGCCUUUCCCAAAAGACAUAGAAACAAAGCUUAGCACCCUAGCCUAGCACAAAUUAAACUGAUGAAAUAAUAUUGAGAAUUGUUUUUAGAGCAAUGGGAAAAGAGAUUUCUGAAUAGCUCAACCUUAAUUAUCCCACCAUCCCAACCCUUUCCAUGCCAGUCCCCACCUCUACCCUUGGCAUGGGACUCUGUAGAAAACAUCAGAUUCAUAGACCAUUAAAGCUGGUUGAAAUUUUAGACUAGAACUAGGGGAAGUGGGUAGGACAUGGAAUGUCAGAGCUAGGAAGAGUCCUUUGAAAAUAGAUUUGGAGGUGCAGCCAGUACAACUCCCUUAUUUUACAGAAGAGAAAACUGAGGCCAGAAGAGGGGAAGACCUUCUUAAGGUUCCAAAGCCCCCUUCUCUAUAAACAAAUAGUAAGCGUUAGCUGCAUAAGUAAAGCAGUAGAAGGAAGAUUAAUGUUUGGCAGGAUUUUGACAAUAAAGUAAGGCAAGUGUGAGAGGGAAGGGGGUGGGAGAAGAGAGGAGGAGGGCAGAGAAGGGAAGAACCUUGAGCCCUGGGGAUGGGGCUGAGGACGCCUGCCACCAGGGCUGUAGACCAAUAAAGUACUCUGUGUGUGAA